GCAGGCGGCGAUUUGUCAAAGAGCGCUGCUGAAAGAUGUCAACUCCUGAUCCUCCAAUGGGAGGCACACCUCGGCCAGGCCCCUCCCCAGGACCUGGACCCUCGCCUGGAUCAAUGCUGGGCCCCAGUCCUGGCCCUUCACCCGGCUCGGCACACAGCAUGAUGGGACCUAGUCCAGGCCCCCCAUCUGCAGGUCAUUCCAUGAAUCCUCAGGGACCUGGAGGUUACCCAGCAGAGAGCAUCCAUCAACUUCAUAAGGCUAUGGAAUCAAUGCACGAGAAGGUGAUGCCUGAUGACCCACGCUACAGUCAGAUGAAAAGCAUCGGCAUGAGGUCAAGUGGACACAGUGGCAUGGGACCACCACCCAGCCCAAUGGACCAGCAUUCUCAAGGUUACCCUUCUCCACUGGGAGGUCCUGAGCACGCCCCAAGCCCUGUGCCUGCUAAUGGCCCACCUUCAGGACCACCCAUGCCUCCUGGACCAGGUGGCCUUCCUAUGGAUGGUGGAGAGCCCCAGAAUGUCGGACAGCAAAGCCGAGGACCCUCGCCUUUCAACCAGGGACAGCUGCAUCAGCUGCGAGCGCAGAUCAUGGCGUACAAGAUGUUGGCAAGAGGCCAGCCCAUCCCGGACCAUCUACAGCUGGCUGUCCAGGGGAAGAGACCCCUGCCAGGCAUGCAGCAGCAGAUGUCAUCACUACCUCCACCCUCUACCCCUGCCACUGGAGCAGCUUCUGUCCCAACACCAGGGAACUACAACAGGCCACUCGGCAUGGGAGCAUCCAACAUGAUGCCUCCUGGAUCUGCUGGAGUCAAUCAGGGAAUGCAAUGCCAGCCUCCUGGUGGCCCGUCCAAACCCUGGCCAGAAGCUCCCAUGGUCAAUGCCACUGCUCCAGCCACAGCCCCUCAGAAGCUUGCUCCCCCCCAGCCCACUGGCCGACCUUCCCCCGCACCACCGGCCGUGCCCCCCACUGCCUCCCCGGUGAUGCCCCCUCAGACGCAGUCGCCGGGGCAACCAGCUCAGCCGCCUCCUAUGGUGCAGCACCAUCAGAAGCAGAACCGGAUCACCCCCAUUCAGAAACCACGAGGGCUGGACCCAAUCGAACUGCUGCAGGAACGCGAGUACCGGUUACAAGCACGAAUUUCCCAUCGGAUCCAGGAACUGGAAAACCUUCCCGGCUCACUGGCGGGAGACCUCCGCACCAAAGCAACCAUUGAACUCAAGGCCCUGCGGCUCCUUAACUUUCAGAGGCAGCUCCGUCAGGAAGUGGUGGUGUGCAUGAGGAGGGACACGGCCCUGGAGACGGCACUGAACGCCAAAGCCUACAAGCGCAGCAAGCGGCAGUCGCUCCGCGAGGCUCGGAUCACCGAGAAACUGGAGAAGCAGCAGAAGAUUGAGCAAGAACGGAAGCGCAGGCAGAAACACCAGGAGUACCUCAACAGCAUCCUGCAGCAUGCAAAGGACUUUAAGGAGUACCACCGGUCAGUCACGGGGAAGAUGCAGAAACUGACCAAAGCCGUGGCCACCUAUCACGCCAACACCGAGCGCGAGCAGAAGAAGGAGAAUGAGCGGAUCGAGAAGGAGAGGAUGAGGAGGCUAAUGGCAGAAGAUGAGGAAGGCUAUCGGAAACUGAUCGACCAGAAGAAGGACCGGCGCUUGGCUUACCUGCUGCAACAGACGGACGAGUACGUGGCCAACCUGACAGAGCUGGUCCGACAGCACAAAGCAGCACAGGCAGCGAAAGAGAAAAAGAAGAAAAAGAAGAAGAAGAAGCAGGAAAACGUGGAUGGCUUAGGUUCUGCUGUUGGUCCUGAUGGUGAGCUCUUGGAUGAGACGAGCCAGAUGAGUGACUUGCCGGUGAAGGUGAUCCACGUGGAGAGUGGCCGAAUCCUGUCUGGAGCUGAGGCGCCGAAGGCAGGACAGCUGGACGCCUGGUUGGAGAUGAACCCUGGGUAUGAGGUGGCCCCACGCUCCGACAGUGAAGACACUGGCUCCGAGGAAGAGGAAGAGGAUACGACAGACUGGAGGCCGCUAAUCAUGUCGGAGGACAGGUCUCGUUCGGGACUGCUGGAGGAGGAAGAGGAGGAGCAGGCAGCCACAUCAGCACUACCUUCUGCACCGGAGGAGAAGAAGAAAAUUCAGGAUCCAGACAGUGAAGAGGUGUCUGAGCUGGACGCCAGGCAGAUCAUAGAGAAUGCCAAGCAGGACGUGGAUGAUGAGUACAGUGCACCACUGUCUAGUAUACGUGGUCUACAGUCCUAUUACGCAGUGGCUCACGCAGUGACCGAGAGGGUGGAUAUUCAGUCCACGCUGCUUGUGAACGGUUUACUGAAACAAUAUCAGGUCAAAGGUCUGGAGUGGCUCGUCUCACUAUACAACAACAACCUGAAUGGGAUCCUCGCUGAUGAAAUGGGUCUGGGAAAGACCAUCCAGACCAUCGCCCUCAUCACAUACCUCAUGGAGCACAAGCGCAUCAACGGACCAUUCCUCAUCAUAGUACCUCUCUCAACGCUCUCAAACUGGGCCUAUGAGUUCGAUAAGUGGGCACCAUCUGUGUCACGGAUCUCUUACAAGGGUUCACCCGCUGCUCGAAGGGCCUUUGUUCCCCUGCUCAGAAGUGGGAAGUUCAACGUCUUACUCACCACCUAUGAGUACAUAAUCAAGGACAAGCACGUUCUGGCCAAGAUCCGUUGGAAGUACAUGAUCGUGGACGAGGGUCACCGGAUGAAGAACCAUCACUGUAAGCUGACACAGGUGCUGAACACACAUUAUGUGGCUCCACGUCGCCUCCUACUGACUGGCACCCCGCUGCAGAACAAGCUCCCCGAGCUGUGGGCGCUCCUCAACUUCCUGCUGCCCACCAUUUUCAAAAGCUGCAACACGUUUGAACAGUGGUUCAAUGCCCCCUUCGCCAUGACGGGGGAGAAGGUGGAUUUAAAUGAGGAGGAAACCAUUCUGAUCAUCCGACGCUUACACAAGGUUCUGCGCCCCUUUCUGCUGAGGCGAUUGAAAAAGGAAGUGGAAGCACAGCUUCCUGAGAAGGUGGAGUACGUCAUUAAAUGCGACAUGUCAGCUCUGCAGAGGGUGCUGUACCGUCACAUGCAGGCCAAGGGAGUGCUGCUGACCGAUGGCUCGGAGAAGGACAAGAAGGGCAAAGGUGGCACGAAAACUCUCAUGAACACCAUCAUGCAGCUGAGGAAGAUUUGCAACCACCCCUACAUGUUCCAGCACAUCGAGGAAUCUUUCUCGGAACACUUGGGAUUUACAGGAGGCAUGUACAAGGGUAAAGCUGAUCUAUACCGAGCCUCAGGGAAGUUCGAACUGCUGGACAGGAUUCUCCCCAAGCUCCGGGCAACCAACCACAGGGUGCUGCUCUUCUGUCAGAUGACCUCGCUGAUGACCAUCAUGGAAGACUACUUUGCAUACCGCAGCUUCAAGUACCUGCGGUUGGAUGGGACCACCAAAUCCGAGGACCGUGGAAUGCUCCUGAAGACAUUCAACGAACCCAACUCCCAUUACUUCAUCUUCCUGCUCAGCACCCGGGCCGGAGGCCUGGGUUUGAAUCUCCAGGCCGCGGACACUGUUGUCAUCUUCGACAGCGACUGGAACCCACACCAGGAUCUACAAGCCCAGGAUCGCGCUCACCGAAUCGGGCAGCAGAAUGAAGUGCGCGUGCUGCGGCUCUGCACCGUGAACAGCGUGGAGGAGAAGAUCCUUGCAGCAGCCAAGUACAAGCUCAAUGUCGACCAGAAGGUCAUCCAGGCUGGGAUGUUUGAUCAGAAGUCGUCAAGCCACGAGAGGCGAGCCUUUCUCCAGGCCAUACUGGAACAUGAGGAGCAGGAUGAAGAGGAAGAUGAGGUUCCUGACGACGAGACAGUGAACCAGAUGAUAGCCAGGCACGAAGAGGAGUUCGAUCUCUUUAUGCGGAUGGACCUGGACCGCCGCCGGGAAGAAGCCAGGAACCCGAAGCGAAAGCCACGGCUGAUGGAGGAGGAUGAGCUCCCGAACUGGAUCCUGAAGGACGAUGCUGAGGUGGAGAGGCUGACGUGUGAAGAGGAGGAGGAGAAGAUGUUCGGUCGAGGAUCGCGGCAGCGCAAGGAGGUGGACUACAGCGACUCUUUAACCGAGAAACAGUGGCUCAAGGCCAUAGAAGAGGGCAACCUGGAGGAGAUCGAAGAGGAGGUGCGCCAGAAAACUCGCAAACGGAAGCGGGACGUGGACCCUCCGGUAGUCAUGGCGACCACCAGCACACGCAGCAGCCGGAACAAGGACGACGACGAGAAGAAGAAGAAGAAGCGAGGACGGCCGCCGGCUGAGAAGCUGUCACCAAACCCGCCAAACCUCACCAAAAAAAUGAAGAAGACUGUGGAGGCUGUUAUCAAGUACAAGGACGGUAGUACUGGCCGACAGCUCAGUGAAGUUUUUAUUCAACUUCCAUCUCGCAAGGAGCUUCCUGAGUAUUACGAACUCAUCCGCAAACCUGUUGACUUCCGAAAAAUCAAGGAGCGGAUCCGUAACCACAAGUAUCGCAGCCUCAAUGACCUGGAAAGAGACGUGAUGCUGCUGUGUCAGAAUGCACAGACCUACAACCUGGAGGGUUCACUGAUCUAUGAAGAUUCCAUUGUGCUUCAAUCCGUUUUUACCAGCGUACGGCAGAAAAUUGAAAAGGAAGAGGAGAGCGAGGACGAUAGCGAGGAAGGAGAGGAGGAAGAGGAAGAGGGGUCUGAGUCAGAAUCUCGAUCAGUGAAAGUGAAGAUUAAGCUGGGCCGGAAGGAGAAGAGCCAGGAUCGCGUGAAAGGGCGGAAACGCUCUAGCCGUGCCUCCAAGUCCAAACCUAUUGUAAGCGAUGAUGACACGGAGGAGGAAGUGGAUGAGGAACGGUCAGGAACUGGUACAGAUGAAGAUUAAUCUCAGGAUAACAUUCCGUGUUGGGAUCUACACUGGGGCUCGUCCAUCCUUCUGAAAGUGACUGUGCGAUGUUCUCGUACCUGUGUCCAGCUAGCAGUGUAGUGUACGUUCUUAGUAUACGAUGUAAUCUUGCAUAUUUAUAGCAGCAGAGGAGAAGGCAUGUAGGAUUAUCAACUUAGUGUCUCGCUGUGUUGAAGCUGGUCGUGCUCACAAUGGCAUUAAUGGCACAGUCUUUUCCAAGGUGGCAUUCAUUGUGCAAAAAAUAUUAACUCUUAAGACACAGCUGAAUCCAGCCAUCAAAAUCCUUCCUCCUCCUUCCUUUUUGUUUCCCACUGAGUAUCCCCGCACUGUGUAAUAUAUAGUCCAUCUGGUUAAUUGUUAUAUUAAUUAAAUUAACCACAUGGGGUUGAAUCGGGGACCUUGACACUAACUCACAAAUUAACUCAUUGCUGGUUGGUGCACAAGGAGUGACAACAUGGAGAAGUCUGGCCAGGAAAAGAACAAAAACUCAUGAAUUUGGGAAUACUUGAUUUUUCUAGACAUUUAUUUUGUUUCCUUUCUCCGUGCGAACGCAGUCGGUCACAUGCAGUCCUUGCCUCAUUGUACUGUGACUUGUGUAAGCAUGUGUGUAGGAAUUCAUUCCCAUUACUGUACUGUAUUUUAAACAGGUCAAAACCACCCAUCUCUGCAGACCCUAAGGGAAUUCUGUACUGUCAUUAUCACUGGACUACAA